GAUAAAAUCUCCGGUUAGCCGGCCGGCGUGCUUGCUAUCUGCUCAAGCUCGUGGAUCACUGGUGGUACGUGAUGGUCCGGGGAAAGGCGGUCAUCGAGAGGAUCGAAAACACGACGAGCCGGCAGGUGACCUUCUCCAAGAGGAAGAGCGGGCUGUUCAAGAAAGCCAGGGAGCUGGGCGUCCUCUGCGAUGCGCAGGUAGCCGUCCUCCUCUUCUCCAACACCGGACGCCUCUACGACUACUCCAACUCCAACUCCGGGAUGAAAUCCAUAAUUGAAAGAUACCAACAUGUUAAGGAGGGCCAACAAUUCAUGAGUGCAAGCGCUGAGGCUAAGUUCUGGCAAGCAGAGGGAGUGCGUCUGAGGCAACAACUACAUAACUUGCAAGAGAAUCAUAGACAGUUGCUGGGACAACAUCUAUCCGGCUUAGGUUUGGAAGACUUGAGGGGUUUAGAGAACCAGCUGGAAACAAGCAUACAUAACAUUCGGCUAACAAAGGACCAACUUAUGAUUGAUGAAACUGAAGAGCUAAAGAAGAAGGCAAGCCUCGUGCACCAGGAAAAUAUUGAGCUACACAAGAAACUAAACAUCAUUCGUCAAGAGAACAUAGAUUUGCAAAACAAGUUAAAUGGCCAGGCCGAAGUAAACGGGACAAUUACAAGUUCAUCUAGUGAGUACUACAUUGCUGCUCGAGAGGAUCCAGUUCGUCUGGAACUCAGCUAUCCAGACCAUGCAGAAAGGGAUGAGCAACCAGAAUCACCAACGCUGGGAGAUGUGUCAGCUUUGGAAGCAAUAAAACCAAGAUACUUCAGCUGUGAGCUCAACCUGGAGUACCGUGCUCUAGGGAGUAUUGGCGCAGAAGAUCCACUUGCUGCUGCUAAAUCUGCUGGUGCAGGAGAUCCAUCUGACGUGUGCGUAGAAGAUCCAGUAGAUCUCGGUGUGACCCCCCUGCCACUGGACGCCCGGGAAGCUGCAGGACUCGCGGGCGCAGAGGAUCCGCCAGCAUGCAUGUGCGCGGGGCGCGAGGAGGAAACAACCGCGCGGCUGGUCCCGCUGUCAGGGGACGCGUCGGUGCGGGGUUGGCCCGCCCAGGAAUCUAGGCCACCUGGGACGCGAUCCAAAAAGGAUGUGCGCGCCCGAUCCGAGGCCUGCCAGCGGGCAGGAGUACCAGACGCCGCCAAAUCAUCACCGGGAUCAGCGCCAGGAACCUGCACAGGCAUAAGAGUAGAGGAACUGGCAGGAUUAUCAUCAUAUUGGUCAGUACAAUUGUCUCCCCCGUGA